GAGGGCCGAUCGCCUCCGCCCAUGGCGGUGUCGAAGUCGAAAGAAUGGAUGGUGACGGUCACCAUCUCAGGCAGCAACCGCCUGGGAGUGGACGCUGAUUGGAGCGAUGGCAAGACGCUCUAUAUCAAGGCGAUCUUGGCCGGGGCCGUGAGUGAGUGGAACAAAGAGAAUCCUACGAAAUCUGUCCAGCCCGGCGACCGGGUUAUCUCAGUGAAUGGCGUCAGCGGUGAUGCCCAAGCCAUGGUUCGGGAAAUCAAGGACAGGAGUUUGCUGCAGCUGCUCUUUCAGAAGGGUGGAGAGAAGGAGAGACAGGUCGAGCCCGACCCGGUACCGGUUCCCGGGGUUGUCCGGGCCGGCAUGCCCAUCGACAUACCCGGAAUGCCACCGCGGACGGUGGACGUUCUCCUGGAGCUCCGGGCACGGGUCUCGGAGAAGGCUGCUGCUGCCAAAGGCACCGCGCCAAAACCCAUGGCAAAGCCCAGCAACGAGCCACCGAGCCACUACGAGGUUCUAGGCAUCGAUCUGCGCGCAGACGAUGCAGCCAUCAAAAAGAGCUAUCGCAAGCUCGUCCUGCAGUGGCAUCCCGACAAGAAUCCUUCAGCGAGAGAGGAAGCGGAUGUCAAGAUCCGCCAGAUCAACUUGGCGUACGAGACAAUCAGCAACCCGCUGAAACGCCAAAGUUACGAUCAGAUGUUGCAGGCCCUGGAACGAAGGCGGUUGAACAUCAGACUGGAGACACAGUUUAUCAAGCCGAGGAUGAGCAUUCCCAAGGAAUUCAUGCUCUGUCCUCUAGGAUAUUCAGAUAAGUUCGUCCGAAUCGUGGACAACCAGCUGCUUGUGCAGUCGCGCGACGAAGCCAUGGGCGUUGGCUUUCAGGAUUUCUUCCAGGCCGCAAAGUUCUCCCUCUGGUGGCUACCCGAAGUGAACAACAUGUGCCGGCUGCGCGCCAGAGAAACGGCAGGUCAAGGAAUGGAAGGUGGCACGAACGUCAGCUUCUCUUUCCAGCCAGGGCAGGAAGAGGACGAGACAGCAGAAUCUGUGUGCGACCUUUCUGCCGACCAGGAGAUGAAGAGAUGCAAUCUCAUCGUUAGCGCAAGUCCCUUCAGCCAGGGCGCCUUUCGCUUCGAAGCUGCGUUCUGGCCGGAGCGCUACAUGUCCUAUCGGACACCCGACAAGCUGCGGAUGGCCGGGAAGGUGGACGAAGGAAGCGACGUUGCGGAUUUCGUCCUAGUGGACUUCUCUGCAGCAUACAAGUACAUGACCACCAGCGAGGUCCUCAAGGGAGCUGUUGAAAGCCAAGGAGCAGAAAAGGGAGGCUUCGUGAAGCUCAGUGAUCUGCGAGCAGACCUCAGCGUGCGACUUUAUUUCCAGCAGAUGUUGGGCAGCACGGUCUGGAACAACAAGGACUUCGAGACCUUCUUCGAAGGUCACUACGAAGAAUGGGACUUCGACCAAAAGAAGUCCCGCGUCCGCAUGCGACCAGAUGGACCCCUGAUGCGACAAGCUUCGACACAGCCCACAGCCACGGUAA